AUGUACGAGUCGGGUAUCAACACGAACCUGCACGAGUACAGCGAGCUGAUCGUUGUUGCAGGUGAAUCCGAUAUCAAUAUCUCUUGCCCUGAUCGGCCGAGGUAUGAGGGUAUUCCGCCGGCUAUUCGGGAAAGUGCGCUUGCGAAGAUUUUGGGGGUACCGAGGACUACGGCGGUGCAGACGGAGCAUACGCGGUUGGUGAGGUUUUACUAUGAGAGUUUUCGGAAUAUGUCUGGGAUUGCAAGGGAGGGGGAGGGGGAGCGGGAUGGGGGUAUGGGUGUGGGUUUGGAGAAUGUUAUCGGUUCUGUCGAGACUGGGGAUCUCAAUAUUAUUGAGAGUGUCUACAGCAGUGAAGGUCAUAGUGAUACCAUAAAUCUCAACGGCAUCCCCAAUGUCAACGGCGGGGGAAAACAAUGA